AUGGCUGUGAAUGUGCUGGGUGUGGUGGCAAUGGUGGCAUUCUACCUGCUGAUCUUGGGCACGGGCAUCUGGGCGUCCAAGCGAGCUAAGAUGGAGGAGAGGAACUCCAUAGCAGACUGCAUGGAGAUCACGCUACUGGCUGGACGCAACAUCAACUUGGUAGUCGGCAUCUUCACUCUCACUGCUACAUGGGUUGGCGGAGGCUUCAUCCUGGGCAUCGCUGAGGCAACGUACAACCCAACGCUAGGCGCAGUGUGGGCGCUCAUGCCCGUGCCUUAUGUCGUGACCUUCUUCUUAGGUGGCUUUUUCUUUGCCAAGCCAAUGAGAGAGAACCAGUACGUGACAAUGAUGGACCCCUUCCAACAGACGUACGGGAACGUCCUGAGCACCAUGCUGAUUUUACCCACACUCGUGGCCGAUGUGCUCUGGGUGGCACGCACACUCAUCAGCCUGGGUGGAACUCUGAGCGUGAUCCUAGAUGUGUCCUAUGGUGGUUCAAUCAUCAUCUCCUCAGUGGUGGCCAUCGUCUACACACUAAUGGGAGGGCUCUACUCUGUCGCCUACACCGAUGUCAUCCAGCUGGUUCUCGUCUUUGUCAGUCUGUGGCUGUGUGUUCCAUUCCUGUUGACCAACCCUCACUCUGUGGACAUCUCACUGACGGCGUAUAACCAGAUCUACCAGGCUCCCUGGGUCGGCAUGGUGGAGCUGGACGAAGCCGGAAAAUGGUUCGACAACUUCAUGCUGCUGGCUCUGGGCGGCUUAGCCUACCAGGCAUUCUAUCAAAGAAUCCUGUCCGCCGCAUCUUCCACCCAGGCCCAAGUGACCUGCUUCGCCUCCUCAUUCUUCUGCCUGGUGCUGGGUAUCCCGUCUGUGCUGAUUGGAGCCGUGGCUGCUUCUACAGAUUGGAACUCUACCAGCUAUGGGUUACCGACCCCCUACGAGCGCAACCAGGCCGGAGCCAUCCUCCCCAUCGCUCUGCAGUACCUCACCCCUACCGCUGUUUCCAUCCUCGGCAUCGGUGCUGUAGCAGCUGCUGUCAUGUCCUCCAUGGACUCAGCCCUGCUGUCCUCCGCCUCGCUGAUCUCCUCUAAUAUAUACAAGAACAUCGUGAGGAAGCAGGCAUCGGACCGGGAGAUUCAGUGGGUGAUCUGGAUCUCGGUGGUGGUGGUGGGUCUGAUCGGCACCGCCCUCACCUUCAAGGAAAGCAGCGUCCUGGUGUUCUGGAUGGUGGGCGUGGACAUGUCCUACACCAUCAUGUUCCCCCAGUUGGUGUGCGUCCUCUUCUUCAACGUCUCCAACGGCUACGGCGCCACCAUCGGUUACAUGAUGGGAGUCAUCAUGAGGCUCCUCAGCGGAGAGCCGCUCGUCAACCUCCCGCCUGCCAUCCAGUUCCCCGGCUGUCGGCUGAACAAGGAGGGAAUACUCACCCAGUUCUUCCCCUUCCGCACCACCAUCGUGGUCAUCUCGCUGCUGUCCAUCCUGCUCUUCUCGUGGCUGGCGUCCAUCGUCUUCGACAAGGGCCUGCUGUCCAAGAAGUGGGAUGUGUUUAACAUCACAGCAAGCAGAGCUCCACAGCCACAGACACUGACAUCAAACGACGAAAACUACGAAGAUGAUGAAGAAGACAACGAAGAAGACGACGAAGGAGGCUAUGAAGGAGAUGACGAAGACAGCUAUGAAGGAGGCGAUGAAGGAGACGAUGAAGGAGAUGAUGAAGGAGAUGACAAAGACUACGAUGAAGGAGACGAUGAAGAAGCUGCCCAGGCCGAGCAGCUGCUGGCCACCACCACUGGCUUAUGUCAUCAAUAUCCUCCUUAGACCCAGCUCUAUUUUUACUUUGCUGUACUGAUACUUUCAGCGAAGUAUGACUUUUUCAAGCAGGACUUUUACUUCUAAUGGAGUGUCUUUAUAGUGGUACUUUUUUUUUUUAAAUGAAAUGAGAUUUUUCUCACAGGACUUUUACUUGUAAUGGUGUAUUUGUAUACUAAUGUAGUGGUACUUUUUUUUUUUAAGUUAGAUUUUUCAAGCAGAACUUUUACUUGUAACGGAGUAUUUUUAUAUAAAAGUGUUGGUACUUUUUUUUUUAACUUAAAUUAGAUUUUUCAAGCAGAUCUUUUACUUGUAAUGUAGUAUUUUUACUUUGAGAUAUUAGUACUUCAGUAGAAUUAUUCAUGCAGAAAGUUUACUUAUAAUAAAGUGUU